CUUAAAAAGAAAAAAGAAAAAGAAAAAAAACCCCUCAAGAUUUCCCCGUCUACUCUUUAAAUAAAAAGCCAUCCCUGCCCCGCCUUCCGCCCUCCUAUCUCUCUAAGAUCAAAUCCAAACAACACGCGUCUCUCUUCUGUUGCUUUAUCAUCAACCUAACCCAAACCGCCACUCCUCUUCUCUUGUAUAACUGACCAUUCUCAUCACUCUCUCUUUUCCUUUUCGGUUAUUAAUUUGGUAUAAUUUCCCAUCUAUUGUAUCUUAAUGGUCGCUGGCGGGGCCCACCUGGAGGAUGGAGACAGGCACCCUUCGUCGGCCUCUAGAAGAGGAGGAGGAGCCACCACGGGCUCCUGGGUGUCUGGCCAAUCGGUGUCAACUAGCGGCAGCGUGGGGUCUCCAUCCAGCAGGAGCGAGCAGGCCAUGGCCACUCCCGCAAGUGACAGAACUUUCUUAAGGUUGAACCAUCUCGACAUUCACGCCGAUGAUGCCGCCACUCAAGAUGCCGCCGCCAAUAAGAAGAAAAAGAGAGGUCAACGGGCUGUUGGAGCUGAUAAGAGUGGUAGAGGACUUCGUCAAUUUAGUAUCAAAGUUUGUGAAAAGGUGGAAUCCAAAGGAACAACUACUUACAACGAGGUAGCAGAUGAACUUGUUGCAGAGUUUGCUGACCCUAGCAAUAGUGUUUCUACCCCAGAUCAGCAACAAUAUGACGAGAAAAACAUUCGGCGGAGGGUAUAUGAUGCUCUGAAUGUACUCAUGGCAUUAGAUAUCAUAUCUAAGGAUAAAAAGGAAAUACAGUGGAAAGGUCUUCCCCGAACUAGCCUAAGUGAUAUUGAAGAAUUGAAGGUUGAGCGUCUUGGAUUGAGAAAUAGGAUCGAAAAGAAAGCUGCCUAUUUGCAAGAGCUGGAAGAACAAUUUGUAGGUCUUCAGAACCUGAUACAGCGAAAUGAACAACUGUACAGCUCAGGAAAUGCUCCUAGUGGCGGUGUGUCAUUGCCUUUUAUUCUGGUGCAGACACGCCCUCAUGCAACUGUUGAAGUGGAGAUAUCAGAAGAUAUGCAGCUGGUUCACUUUGAUUUUAAUAGCACUCCUUUCGAGCUCCAUGAUGAUAAUUAUGUUCUCAAGGCAAUGAAAUUUUGUGAGAGACCCCAGAGCGAUGAUAUGGCACCCAAUCCACCUGCUGAUGGAGGUGAAGGUUCUAGCAUGUCCACCAUGUAUCAACCACAAAUCCUUGCUUCCCCGAGUACAAACACCCCAGUUAGGCAUCCUACUUCGCCGCCUCUUCCUGGAAUCAUAAAAGCACGUGUUAAGAAUGAGCAUUGAGUCAUGCACGAUCAUCUGAACCAUGGGCAAUCAUGUCAGCUGUGUCUGUAUAUUGUGUAAAGCAGUUUGCUGUAGAUGGCGCCUCCCUAUAAUUAUCCCCAUUCACAGUUUGCCCUUGUUAGGAGGAACUGAGAUGACAAGCAGAUCGACCCAUUUGCUUUGAGACUUCCAUGGAAACACUUGGUUCUAUCUGGUUCUCAGCUUUAGAUCCAUUAUUCGUGUCUGUAACUGUUUAACCAUUUUUUUUCCAGUUAUUUUUUCCCAUUGCAGCAAAAAUUAAGUUUAGAUUGUAUUAGGCUACAUAGGAUUGUCCAGCCUUACUCAGAAUGAUAGAAUGAAUUAAUUCAAUCUUCAAGAAUUUGAUGUUUCCUUA